AUGCAUGAGGACCUCAUUCUUCAACGCGUUAUUCCUUCUGUCGAGGCCAACAAAGUACGCUUCCCUAGAUUCCUGCGCAAGGGAACGCAGUCUGCCUCUACAGGGAUCGCGGAGGAACUCCCGAACGUAGGCCUGAAUAUCUGGGGCAAGGAAGUUGCCCUGUAUGGUAGAAACGCCUUUGGGGGGCUGAGCUGGGAUUAUGUCUACGCCCAGAACUCGACCGUUUGGUUGAGUUCGAGUCGCUGCCACCUGACAGACGGCCCUGUUCUUUGGAACAUCGUCACCUUUUGCAUGGGUUUCGACAUCAGUGUGUGGGGAGCGUGA